CCGAAAUUCUGCCAAGAACCGUUAUAAACAAUAGUGGAAUGGGUUUGUUAAGCAGUAAAACAGCACCUGUCAACAUGAGCGGACCAGUUGCGGAAUUUGUGAAAAGUGCUAUCGCGAAGGAUAAGGUGGUCAUUUUUUCCAAAUCGUACUGCCCAUAUUGUACGAUGGCUAAAGAACCUUUCAAGAAGCUGAACCAAGCGUUCGCUUGCUACGAACUGGAUCACCGCAACGAUGGAGAUGAGAUACAGUCCGUACUCGGUGAAAUGACCGGUGCCAGAAGUGUACCUCGGGUUUUCAUCAGUGGUAAUUUUAUCGGAGGCGGAACAGAUAUCAAAAAAAUGUAUUCCGAUGGGCGUUUGGAAAAGUUGUUAGCAUAAUUUAUAGACGAUUGCUCCUCUAAAUAAAAUACUUAGCUAUGCUAUUGUUUUUCAAGAUGUAUUCAUUUUAUUUUAAAUUGAAGCAAAUACAGUUUAUGUUGUAUUACAACUUUC